GCGCGCAUUUUCACAUGCGAGAACACGCCCGCACGCGAGAAGAUCAAUGAAUUAUUGCCUCAAUCGCCGGACGAGCGCCGUUAUAUAGAUAGAGCAAGCGAUGCUUGAACAAACGCGGAUUAAUGGAGUGUAUCUAGGUGUAAUAACGUGUAAUCCAAUGACCCGUUGACGUUCUCGCCGUAGCGGAAUUCCCAUCGGUUAUUAGCCGAUCAAUAAACUGAUCCGAUAUACCGUAUAAUACGGACCGUAUGUGAAACGUAUCCUUUGAAACGUUUGGCGCGAUUCGCCGAACGUGAUAUUGCCGGAUGAAUGACGCGACGCUAAUUAACGUCGCGGAAUAAUUAUCGGUGACUGUGCAAAAUUUAUCGACCGGGAAAACGCUCGUUUGCGCGACAUCACGAUGAGUUAAUUCUAGUAUCGCGCGCGGUAAGAGUUAAUUUUAUCACACCGUGUGUGUGGCGUGGCUUAUAAAACGAGAUAUCGGGACACGGGCUUGAACGGAAAUCGGGCGACGCUGAUUGGCCGAUGGUGACGACCGCGCGCAAACCGCUAUUAAUAAAUCGGCGCAUGCGCGCCACGCCGACCGCCGUGUGUAUCCGCCAUUCAUGCGAGUCGAUUUCGUUGUUUCUCUGUGUGUGCAGCAGCGGGUACGAGCAAAGCAAGCACGGGCCAGCCUGAGCAAGCCUGAGCAAGCCUGAGCCUCGGCAAAUCUGAACGAGAGACGAACGAGCUGGAACGAACGAGACGUGGUGUGACGGUGAAUAUAUAACCGCGCGACUCGAGGAAACCACGAUGCGAACGUGUUAGAGCUCUGGGAAGCUACACUGCGACGUAUUAUCGCGCGGUAAAGCAGCAACAGCACAAGCAGCAGCAGCAGCAGUUUGUUGCAGGCACGCGCCCCGUUUAGUACCUGAAGUGACGAUGAUACUCGGUCACGGUCCGCCGACGUAAAAGCGAAACAAGUGCCAUUUUCAAGAUCGUCAAGAAUGAUGCUGAUCAAAUAAUAGAGCAAAGAACAAAUUAAUUAUAUUACAAAAAAUAUUUAAUAAGUAAUAUGGGGGCGUUUUUGGAUACUCCGAAAACAGAAAAGUGUAACGAACAUGGUACUGGCAAUGGCUUGCGAUAUGGUGUCGCCAGUAUGCAGGGCUGGCGAAUGGAAAUGGAAGAUGCUCAUAGAGCAAUUCCCUGUUUAGAGGGUAGUCUUUCAGAUUGGAGUUACUUUGCAGUGUUUGAUGGUCAUGCAGGUGCAUUAGUAUCAGCACACAGUGCGGAGCAUUUACUGGAAUGUAUAAUGCAAACAGAGGAAUUUAAGGCCGAGGAUGUUAUCCAAGGAAUUCAUUCCGGGUUUCUCAGACUCGAUGACGAAAUGAGAGAUUUACCCGAGAUGAGUUCUGGCACGGACAAAUCUGGUUCUACAGCAGUGUGUGCAUUUAUAUCGCCCAAAAAUAUCUAUAUCGCCAACUGCGGCGAUUCUCGGGCUGUACUCUGUAGAUCUGGAAUUCCAGUCUUCUCGACGCGGGAUCACAAACCCGUCUUACCUGCCGAAAAGGAGAGAAUUCAGAAUGCAGGUGGUAGCGUAAUGAUCCAAAGAGUUAACGGAUCUCUAGCUGUUUCCCGAGCGUUGGGCGAUUAUGAGUACAAAAAUCUAAAAGAUCGAGGCCCUUGUGAGCAAUUAGUGUCGCCAGAACCCGAAAUAUUCGUGCGAGAUAGGGACGAUGAACACGACGAGUUUUUAGUUUUAGCAUGUGAUGGCAUUUGGGAUGUAAUGAACAACGAAGAUUUAUGUAACUUUAUACAUUCGAGACUGCUACUAACUGAUGAUUUAGAAGCAGUUACUAAUCUGGUUGUAGACACCUGUCUUUAUAAGGGUAGCAGAGAUAAUAUGAGUAUAGUUCUGGUGACGUUUCCGGCUGCGCCAAAACCAAAUCCCGAAGCACAGAGACAGGAGGCAGAGUUGGAAAUGGCUAUAGCAAGGAGAAUUAAAGAAAUAGUCGCCCAAGAGGAGGAUAAGAAUGAAUUUGACUAUUUGAAAAUGCUUGAACUUCUUAGAGGAAGCGAUCAAGAUUUUCCUUACCUACCUCCAGGUGGUGGUCUUCAUGCUAAGCAACCCUUUAUCGAGAAAGUGUUUCGGGAAUUAUGUCCCAAUAAAGCGUAUAGUGGCGUGGAAGUUCAUGAGGUUUCACAUGAUGACUCUUCUUAGGCGGAUGUUGAGACGCAUCGAGGUGUGCUGUAAUCUCCAUGUUUAACUAUUUUCAUGGAAUCUAAACAACACAUCUCUCAGUCACUAUUAUUAAUGUCAACAAGAACAACGCAUGUUGGAUUAUCCGAAUAGGAUGGAUCAUCGUUAAAAUCCACGAAUUUUCGCGCCUUAAUAAAAACAUGUCAUUUCUUAAUUUUAUCAUAUAAAAUUAGACGAUUAUUAGAUUCUCACAGGAUUGUGAAUUUCAGAUACAGUAAAGCUUUAUAAGUUUUUGAAGUGAUUGAAAUUUAGCUAGAAACAUUAUAGAAUAUUUAGAUUACGAAUUUAUAAAAAAAAAAAAAAUAGUUUGAUAGCUGAGUAUCUCUCCUUUUGCUGAGCUUUUGUGCCUCAUCUAGUGACAAUGGCAUAGCGCCCGUUAAUGGUAUGUGUUUUCAAUUCAUAUUGCAAACGAUCUGUAGAACUUACAGGUACUAUGCUUUUAAAUGAAGGAUUAUAUAUACUUGAUGGAAAAACACAAUCUUAAUUUAGCAAUUUUUACAAUAUUGGUCAUUUACACAGUAUUAAUAGUAUUAAUGUAAACUACUUAUUUCGUAGAAAUUUGGAUUAGAAUUUUAACAUGGGCUAUCAUUUUUUCUGCGUAGUAAUAAACUUUUUUUACAUAUAUAGUCCUAUUCUGCACAUCUCGAAUAUAAUACAAAACAUUAUUGAGCUAAGUAUUUCAUGAAAUUUAAAAGGAUAACAAUAAAAUGACAAAAUGUUCUUUAUAGUUAUAUAUGUAAAGAAAUCUAUGUGAUUUGUACUUAGUAUGUUUACAUACUUUCUUUAUUUAUUAUUUAAUAUAUCGUUUAUUACAUAUUUCGAUAUAUUUAUAAUCUAUCAGAAUAGGACUAUUAAAAUAAAAGUUGUGUAAAAUAUAUGUCUUCAUAAAAAUGAAAAAGUAGUAUUUUAUUAAUCUCACUGUUACGUAGAAUUAUGUAUUAAUUAAGUUUAGUUGAUACAAUAUUGUAAUAGAGGGAUA